CGGAGGCGCAGCUAAUUCAGGGAGUUUUGGAGAAGAGCUGGAUGGAGGACUGUUUUUCCUCUCGUGUAAUUUCCCGAAAGGUUUACAGCCGUCAUGAGUUAUGUUAAACUUCUUCUUUCACUCCGCGGGAAUCGGAUUGCGUUACGCGCGACCUCGUAGCGCCGCUUUAACUGGAAUAUGGGAUCUAUAAGACGGAAAAGUUGAAACUUUUCCCCUCCCCUGUCCGCGCAUAAUGGAGCGCAGCCGCUCGUGGCCCGUGCUCUGCCUCGCGCUCUCCCUCAUGCAUCUCUCACUGUCGAGCGGUGAGCUCCGUUAUUCGGUACCGGAGGAACAGAAGCCGGGUUCCGUCGUUGGGAGUAUAGCGAGAGAUUUGGGUCUCAGCGCGAUGAGGAUUACUGAAAGAAAUCUAAAAGUUGUGUCGGAGUCUAACGCGCAGUACUUCGAGGUGGAUUCUAACGGUGUCUUGGUUAUUAGAGAGACGAUAGAUAGGGAGCGCAUUUGCGCUUUAAGUACAACUUGCUCUUUGCACCUUCAAAUCCUUCUUCAGAACCCUCUAGAAAUUCACAGAGUUCUCAUUCAGAUUGACGAUGUAAACGACAACGCGCCGCAGUUCCCAAACGUGAAUUCAUCACUUGAGAUAUCCGAGGCGGCCGCUCCGGGAACGCGGUUCCGUCUGGAGAGCGCGCGCGAUCCCGAUGUGGGCAUUAACUCCCUGCGCACGUACAGCCUCUCCGCGAGCGACUACUUUGUUUUACACGUGGAGACCAAAAGCGACGGCAGCAAAUUUCCUGAGCUGGUUUUGGAAAAGGCUCUGGAUCGCGAGACGCAGGCCGCGUUUCAGCUCCUGCUCACGGCUGUGGACGGAGGACAGCCGGAGAAAUCCGGGACCACCCUUCUGCUUAUUAAGAUUCUGGACGUGAAUGACAACGCGCCAGUGUUUGAUGAGCCGGUGAAAAGGGUUAGUCUUUUGGAGAACUCUCCUCCAGGAACACUCGUGACAAAACUGAACGCCACCGAUGUGGACUCUGGCGUAAAUGGGAAGAUAUCCUACUUAUUCAGUAAGUACACUCCAGAGAGAAUAUUAAAAAUGUUCAGCGUUGAUUCUAAAUCGGGGGAAAUCCGUGUUGUGGGGGAUGUGGACUAUGAGGAAGCAAAUGUGUAUGACAUCACGGUUCAGGCCAGGGAUGGAGGCUCUCCCGCAAUGGAGGGCUCAUGCAACAUCAAAGUGGAAAUAAUCGAUGUGAACGAUAACACUCCGGAGGUGACAUUAACCUCUCUGACCAGCCCCAUCCGGGAGGAUGCUGACAGCGGGACUGUUAUAGCACUGAUCAGUGCAAAAGACUUAGAUUCAGGGGAGAACGGGAAAGUGACACUUAAAGUAUCCCAAGGACUUCCGUUUAAGCUAAAGUCAGCUUUCGGAGAACACUACACGCUUGUGACCGACGGACGUCUAGACAGAGAAGCCAUUGAUGAGUACACUGUUGUUGUCACGGCGACUGACUCCGGCUCGCCUCCGCUGUCCUCUGAGAAGCGUUUUGCGGUCCGUCUGUCAGAUGUUAACGAUAACGCUCCAGUGUUCUCGCAGAGCUCCUACUCAGUGGAUGUAGCUGAAAAUAACGCUCCCGGUACUCCAAUAGCCAGCGUUUCGGCAGCAGAUCCAGAUGUCGGCGACAACGCCCGACUGUCCUACUCAAUCCUGCCCAGCACCAUCCACGGCAGCCCCAUUUCCUCAUACGUCUACAUCAACCCAGAGAACGGAAACAUCUUCACCAUGCGCUCUCUGGAUUAUGAGCAAAUGAAUGCGUUCAGGAUCGAGGUGCAGGUGCGUGACGCUGGAGUGCCGCCGCAGGCUUCGAAUGUCACCGUGCACGUUUUUGUGGUCGACAAGAACGAUAACCCACCGGUCAUCCUUUACCCAGCACACUCUGAAGAGACGGGGCUCCAGUUGACCGUCCCGCAUGGCGUCCCUGUGGGCCAUCGUGUGAAUAAAAUAGUCGCUGUUGACCCGGACAGUGGCCACAAUGCAUGGCUCUUCUACACCAUUGCUCCAGGAGACGAUUCAUCUCUGUUUCACAUUGAACUGCACACGGGUGAACUGCGAACUGCACAGAAACUCAUGGACGAUGAACAAGAUGGUAAAACCCACCCAGCUUACACCUUUAUUGUGAAUGUGCGAGACAAUGGCGAUCCAGCUUUAUCCACUAGUGUUUUGGUUACAGUCACCAUAGAGGAGAAAACUCCAGACAAAUCGCCAGACUUUCGCAUUACUCCUCGCAAAGCGACUGGAAUGACAGACGUCACAUUAUACCUCAUAAUCUCAUUAGGGUGUGUGACUUUAGUGUCGCUCUUGACAAUGGCGAUCCUCUUGGUACGGUGCAUCAGGCACAAGGGCGGAUCUGCAUGCUGCUAUUCCAGAUCGGGAUUUCGUUCUCGCCAUGCUUACCAGCAGAGAGCCAACAAAGACCUUCACCUCCAGCUUAACACUGAUGGACCCAUCAGAUAUAUGGAGGUGGUCGGAGGCCCUCAGGAGCCUCACACCAGGACAUACAGGCCCUGCUACUCGACGCUCUCCAGCAGGAGCGACUUUGUGUUUGUCAAAACUCCCAUUUUGAGUCAUAACAACACGCUAAACAUGACUUUAACUAGGAAGCACUUAAUGAACUCAACCAAUGAGCAAAAACCACCCAGCGCAGACUGGCGUUUCACCCAGAAUCAGAGGCCUGGGCCCAGCGGAGCUGCUGCCACUCCUGAGGUUGCUGUGGGAACCGGACCCUGGCCCAAUCCUCCCACCGAGGCCGAGCAACUGCAGGCGCUGAUGGCCGCUGCUAAUGAAGUCAGCGAGGCCACCAACUUUCUGGCUCCAGGCACCAUGGAUCUGAGCACCCGCUACGGCCCUCAGUUCACCCUGCAGCACGUGCCUGAUUAUCGGCAGAACGUGUACAUCCCUGGCAGCACCGCCACCCUGACCUCCAACCAGCAGCAGCCCCAGCAGGCCCUGCCUCCCCCGCAAGCCUCCGCCGCCAUCGCCGUCGCCCAGCCAGAGCCCCCCAAAGCCGCCCAGACCCCCGCCAGCAAGAAGAAGGCCACCAAGAAGGAGAAAAAGUAGAGCGUUUACAGUAGAUAUGAAGCAUGGGGGGUUGCGUUAGCAUAGCUGGACCACUCAAUCCUGCGCUGGAAAAUCUGUAACUUUAGAGAAUAAACGUCUAACACCACCACUUUCACAUACAAACACUGAUUUGUUUUCAGAAAGAACAUUUGAGUUUCAUAUUUUCGCUCACAUUCGCCAAGUUCAUGCCACACUAUAUUCCUGCAUAUAUAUAUAUCUAGCCAAUAAUGUAUUUACUACAGUACUUUACCGUGAUAAUCUGGACAGGAGGAGGAGAUGUGUUAUUAUAACUACAACAAUCCUGCUAUUGAUCAUAUGAAGACAUUGCUGUAUUUCCUGACGUGCCCAGUAGGAUGCUGCGAUGUUUGUAAAGCGCAUCUCGAUUAUACUUUUCUUUCUGUUUGCUAAAAUACCACUAUUGACAUGUAGACGCGAGUCGGGUGAUUAUUGCUGCAUGGCGUUUUUUAAUUAUUUUUGGAGCUAUAGAUAAUCUCUGUAUCGCCUGACAUCUACAAACACCCGUCCAUGAGUCAGGGAACAGUUAAAAAAAAUCCGCUUAUCUUUCAAUAACCUAAGAAUGACUCCCCCUGUGUAUCUCUGAGCCAGAUUUCGGUCUUUUUUUAUGUUCGUUGAAUGUUUUUGGAGCAUUAAGUGAUGUCCGAGCCAUUACAGGAUAGUCUAUAAGCAUCCGAUAUCUUUAUCGUCCUUAGCAUUCAGUAUUUCUGGGUUAUUCUGAAGUGUUGAAGCUCUUUAUCUGUGCUGGAGAGUUAGUAAUAAUUCACUUUGAUGAUAUCCUGACAUCGCGAGUUAGACAAAGGAAUUGGCUUUGAAACUCAGGCCAUGUCCACACGUAUGCAGUUUUCCUCGCUCUUGAACCAACAAGAGGCCAUGAUGACAUUUUUAUGCCGGUUUCACACCAAAAGGCAACCCAGGCUCAUUCUGAAAACGUAGCCCCGAGGACGUUUCUGGAGACUGCGAAAUAUGUAGCCGGAGGUACGUAUUGCUGCAUUUCAUUUUUUAAGCGAACGCUGCGGGGCGGUAUGACGCCGUUCCUUUUAGCACUUGCCGGCUGACCGCUUACCUUCGUGUGGAGGGCUUUCCCGCCGCGACCAGUUUGUCCGGUUAGCUCGUCCUGUACGUCGGCGGAUUUGAGACGCAGAGAGGAGCUGACCACGACGACCGGGUUCGAGUCUGGGGAAGAGCAGUUACAAAAUCAGGUAAGACUAAAACAGAAUCCAAGAAAUAAAGCGAAGAGGUUCAUAACAGGGUGAGAAUGUGGUAAAAAAAAAAAAAAAAAAAAAAAUUCGGACGAGGGCUUUUCUUUUUCCGGACGGCUUUUGUAAAUCAUUGGUUGGGUUUAGGGCGGGCGGGUCGAUCGGUAAAAUCGGUUGGGUUCAGGGAAGGAGGAGGGUGGGUCAGCCAGCCGAUUGGCCGGUCGCCCAGUCAAUCAUUUAGCCAGUCGGACAGACAGACGUUCGUUCGACAGCGGCCUCUGGUGGGUUUACGCGAGAACAGCGCGAACGGCACUCGCGGGAGACGUCCGAGAAGCUAAAAAGGCGCACACAGCGGCCUCUCGCAGAUUCGUGAAAAUAAAAACUGCAAAAAUACGCACCUCCUGGGACGUAUUUCACGGUCCCCAGAAACGUCCUCGGGACUACGUUCUCAGAAUGAGCCUGGGUUGCCAAAAGGGGAAGCAUUUUCGUGAUUAAACUGCAUACAAGUCAAUGCAAAUGUGAGAAAUGAGGUGGAUACCGUCCCACGGUGCAAACACAAUGUGUGGAAUAUACCUAACAUGUGUCUUACACUUUUAGUGUGAACCCAGUUGUGUUGGCCAAUCAGAAAGAAGAAAUAAGAAAACAGCACGCAUGACGUCAUGUUUCGGUUUCAGUCAACCAGAACAGAACAAACCGAGUAGAAAAACAUUGCAUAUCUGAAAAUACAGUGUUUGUGCGGACAGGGCCUCAGAAAAUGUUAGUUCUGAAAUAUUUGUAAUGGAUGUCAGAUGCUUUUCAGAUAUAUAUAUAAUAAUAUUAAAAAUUGAAUACAAAGUGGAGAUUCUCUCCGAGUUAGGAUGCUGUUCUAGAAGACAGCUUGCACUCACUGAAUGUACAUGUUAACUCUCAUGAUACCGUCCACUAAAGCCAACUAUUAUUGCUUUGGAAGGCUAGAAAGACACACACACAAUACAAAUGUUCCAUCCAAAUGCUGAUUUUUAGUUCAUUUUUCCUUUGAAUAACCUUGGCAUGACGUUCCUUUGUAAAUAGAUGAAACAUUUUCAGAUAAUCAGCUCAAGAGGAAUGGCUUACUACUGGAAUGUCAUCGUAUUUUUCAGAAAAAAAAUGCACAAAAAUAUUAAAAUGAAGAAGAAAAACAAAAAAAAAACACUUUUUUUUGACACAAUCCGUGUUACCAAUGUAGUUCUUUAGUACUCUGAACGCCAACUAACGCACCUGUAAAUAAAGAGUUUAACUUUUACUUAUGAAAACGAAUAGUGACACACUCUUAGUCUAGAAGUUGUGAUGUUAUGCAUAUAUUUUUGUGUUCAUCUUUUCCCUGUCUCGCUUUUUUUCCAUGAAAAGACACAAAGCGGAGGACACGAGUAGACCUCCGUUAUUAAUUUGGUAAUCUCUAUUGUGCUUACAUGUGAGAAUGCUUCUUAAUGUCUAUAUGAAGAAUCUGAAUAGAUCUAUUAUCUGUGUGUGCGCGCGUGUGUGUGUGUGUAUGUGUGUCUGCUGAUGCUGUACUCCUGCUGUAACAUCUCUGAUAAGACGCUUUUAUUCCCGGCUCCUGUGUGCUACUUGCAUUUUAUAUGCUAAUAUUUAUAUUGCUGUUUUACUUUUUGUUUUCCUUUUCCUGAACACUGACAUUUCAAAUAAAAGUUCUCAAAGUA